GGCGGCGGGCGGCGAUGGGCACGGCGGCCGUGCACCUCCUGCUGCUGCUGGGGCUGCUGCACGCCGGACCCGGCGGCGAGGGCAGGAAGGGCUGGAGGCGAAGGGGCCCGGCGGCCCGAGAGCGCGGAGAGGCGGCGGCGGCGGCGGCCGAGAGCUUCCCGCUGGACUUCACCGCCGUGGAGGGCAACAUGGACAGCUUCAUGGCGCAGGUCAAGAGCCUGGCCCAGUCGCUGUACCCCUGCUCGGCACAGGCGCUGCCGCACGACCUGCGCCUGCACCUCCUGCACAACGCCUCGGUCACCUGCAACGACGGCAGCCCGGCCGGCUACUACCUCAAAGAGUCCAAGGGCAGCCGGCGGUGGCUGCUGUUCCUGGAAGGGGGCUGGUACUGCUUCAACAGGGAGAACUGCGACACGCGCUACGACACCAUGCGGAGGCUGAUGAGCUCCAAGGAGUGGCCCGCGACCAGAGUGGGAACAGGAAUCCUGUCAUCACAGCCGGAGGAAAACCCCCACUGGUGGAACGCCAACAUGGUAUUCAUCCCCUAUUGCUCAAGUGAUGUUUGGAGCGGCGCCUCUUCCAAGUCUGAGAAAAAUGAAUAUGCCUUCAUGGGAGCGCUGAUCAUCCAGGAGGUCAUCAAGGAGCUCGUGGGGAAAGGUCUUAGCACUGCAAAAGUGCUGCUGCUGGCAGGGAGCAGUGCUGGAGGAACAGGAGUGCUGCUGAACGUGGAUCGUGUGGCAGAGCAGCUGGAGGAGAUGGGGUACCAAGGGAUCCAGGUUCGCGGCUUGGCAGACUCCGGGUGGUUCCUGGACAAUAAGCAGUAUCGCAGAACUGACUGUAUCGAUACCAUAACGUGUGCUCCAACAGAAGCCAUCAGAAGAGGAAUAAGGUAUUGGAAUGGUAUUGUUCCUGAACGCUGUAAGCUGCAGUUUAAAGAGGGAGAAGAAUGGAAUUGUUUUUUUGGGUAUAAGAUUUACCCCACUCUUCGAUGUCCGGUCUUUGUUGUCCAGUGGCUGUUUGAUGAGGCCCAGCUCACUGUAGACAAUGUACACCUCACUGGGCAGCCUGUUCAGGAGGGGCAGUGGCUUUACAUCCAGAAUCUGGGUAGGGAGCUGAGAAACACCUUGAAGGACGUGACUGCUAGCUUCGCUCCUGCCUGUUUGUCUCAUGAGAUCAUUACACGCAACCAUUGGACAGACAUCCAGGUGAAGGGGACGUCGUUACCCCGCGCCCUGCACUGCUGGGAUCGGAGCCUACAUGAGAGCAACAAAAACGGGAAGACCCCUCUGAAAGGUUGCCCAAUUCAUCUGAUUGACAGCUGUCCGUGGCCCCACUGCAACCCCUCGUGCCCCACUAUCAGGGACCAGUUCACAGGGCAGGAGAUGAACGUGAUCCAGUUCCUCAUGCACAUGGGUUUUGAUGUGCAGAAGAUGGCACAGCAACAGGGCCUGGAGCCCAGUAAACUCCUGGGGAUGCUCAGCAGUGGUAACUAGGAGGGGGAUCUUCCCAGGGGCAGAGAGAUUAGAUCAGGAGGAAACUCGGAGCCCUUCUCCCACACUCUCUCAUUUUCCUUACGCUCAUGCAGGCUGCUGCACGCUCACCCCCUUGCAGGCUGAAACCUGCACACCCCCACACGCUCCCACACUCUUGCACACUUAGGAUGUGUUAAGAAAAAAAAGAAAAAGAAAACAAAAAAAAAUUACACAAAAAAAGCAAUUUCUUGCUUACACCGUUUGACUGGGACGUGUUACCUCCUCACUCCAGGGCUCGGCCAUUCACAUCCUCUUCUGUGUUACACAAGGCAAUCUGACGCAGGGAGUAGAGAAGCCAUAAAUAGCACGAUGAGAACCUUCCCCAGGUCUAGGACUUCCACCCUUGCCAUGAAUUUGACAUCACAGACUUAUACAAGUGGUGGGGGAAAAAAGAACAAAAAGCAAGCACUGGAUUUCUUUUGUCCAACUAGAAGUGAAGAAAUGAUUACAUGACUUCCUAGAGGCCAGCAUCUCACCAUGUAUCGCAGUGCACAACCCAAGGGCACGUGCUAGGGAUGGACGCUCUUGUAAUCAACUUACUUUCAUCUUAUUUUAUAAAUGACUUUUUUUUAUUACUUUUUUUUUUAAAACUAAGCAAGAAAUAUAAAUGAUAUUGUUUUGUAACAUAUUCUUAUUUUUUUUUUUAAAUAACGAAGAAACCUCUUGCUACUUUGGCAAUGUGGACGUAUUUAUUUUAAUAUGUAAAAUGCUAUUUAUGAGAGCUGAGCAGAGGAACCAUUUGUCUGGCUUUGUCAAGUUGUGGAUGCUGCUCGUUUGGAUGGGAUUUCCUUACGAUCGCUGAGCCUGGCAGUGGGCUGGGAGUGGUGUUGUCGUCUUAUAUGAUGAGACUCUGGUGUUCCCCUCGCAGUGUGCUUUGUCAUUCUCUCUAAAGGAGGCAUUAUAGUGUAUGAAGAUGGAGACUUUCA